AUGCCCAAUCGCCGCCGGAAGCGCGGCGCCGGCGAGGACCCUCCUCCUCCCCCUCUUGAUGCUUCUUCUAUCGGCGGCGCGGUUCUUGCCGCCGAUGAGGACGUCAAAAAGCUGACUUUCCCCAUCACCACCAUCCUGGCGUCCCUCGCCGCCGCGCCCCGCCGCCGGGCGCUCCCCUUCCUCGAGCUCAACAAAGGCCUCCUCCCCGAGGAGGCCGACGACGAGGGGGAGGCCGAGGUGGUGUCCCCGCUCACGGACCCCGCCGACGGACCAACACCGCCGCCCGCCAAGCGCCCGCGCGCCGCCGACGAGGCCGCCUCCGCUCCCCCGCAGCCGCAGCACCAGCGCCGCCUUUGGGUCAAGGACCGGUCGAGCGAGUGGUGGGAGCUGCGCAGCAGCCCGGCGUACCCGGACGCGGACUUCCGGCGCGACUUCCGGAUGGGCCGCGCCACCUUCGCCAUGGUCUGCGACGCGCUCGGCGCCGCCGUCGCCAAGGAGGACACCGCCCUCCGCACCGCCAUCCCGGUCCCGCAGCGCGUGGCGGUCUGCGUCUGGCGCCUCGCCACCGGCGAGCCGCUCCGCCUCGUCUCCAAGCGCUUCGGCAUCGGCAUCUCCACCUGCCACAAGCUGGUGCUCGAGGUCUGCGGCGCCAUCCGCACCAUCCUCAUGCCGCGCUUCCUGCAGUGGCCCACCUCGCCAUCCUCCUCCGCCGCCGUCAAGGCCAGCUUCGAGGCCGCGUCCGGCGUCCCCGACGUGCUCGGCGCCAUGUACACCACCCACGUGCCCAUCAUCGCGCCCAAGGUCUCCGUCUCCGCCUACUUCAACCGCCGCCACACGGAGCGCAACCAGAAGACCUCCUACUCCAUCACCCUCCAGGGCGUCGUCGGCCCCGACGGCGCCUUCACGGACGUCUGCAUCGGCUGGCCCGGCUCCAUGUCCGACGACCAGGUGCUCGACAAGUCCGCCCUGCAGCAGCGCGCCGCGGCGGGCAUGAUGGCCGGCGCCUGGAUCGUCGGCGGCGGGACCUACCCGCUCACCGACUGGCUGCUCGUCCCCUACACGCACCAGAACCUCACCUGGACGCAGCACGCAUUCAACGAGAAGGUCGCCGACCUGCGCCGCGUCGCCGUCGACGCCUUCCGGAGGCUCAAGGGCCGCUGGGCCUGCCUGCAGAAGCGCACCGAGGUCAAGCUCCAGGACCUCCCCGUCGUGCUCGGCGCAUGCUGCGUGCUGCACAACAUCUGCGAGGCCAGAGGGGAGCCUGUCGCGCCGGACCUGCUUCAGGACCUGCAGGUGGACCUCGUCGACGACGACGAGGCCGUGCUGGAAAGGCCGGUGCGGUCAGAGGCCGCAGCCAAGGCCAGGGACAAGAUCGCGCACAACCUCCUCCACCGCGGCCAUGCCGGCACCGCAUUCUUCUGAACUCUGUCGCUCUUCCUUAGCUUAAUUCGGUUCAUUUCCAUUAGGUUCGAUCCACAACUAAAUCAAAGAAUCCAUGUUUUCUUUCACUUGCCUUGCUGCUCAUACUAUUUGGUAUUUGCCAUAGAACAUAGACGACUUUUUGAGUUUUGACAGCGUAGUUACUUAGGUUCCCCUUGAAACAAGAUUUACAACAUUCAGAGAAACAUAGCCAGAAAGCACACCAAUUGUUCAGGUUCAUCCUUGUGCUAGCCCAGUUCAUCUAUCUGUAUAAACAUGCCAAUGCUGUACAUUCCUGAAUGUGUCUGACUUGAAUUCACUUCUCCUAGCUGAUUUGAAUAAGAAAACAAUACAGAUUAGCUGCUUU